CGGGAUAGAGGUGUUAGGUCUUGUCUAGCUGUUCAGAUUGAGAGAACUCAAGAUGUCCUCCUCAGGUUUCAGGUGAGGCCUCUUUCUGCAGGCCCAAAGUGAAUGACGCUGUCCUGCCGCUCCUCUGACGGAACAGCAUCCCGCUUGCCUCUCACCAUGUCCUCCUCUUCCUGCUCCUCCUCCGGGGAGACCAGCCCUGAGGACACACCCCGUGGAGGCGGUACUAUCCGGGUCUACCUCCCCAAUAAGCAGCGUACUGUGGUGAACGUGCGGCCAGGGCAGACUGUUCAUGACAGCCUGGACAAAGCGCUCAAAGUGCGGGGGCUGACCCAGGAGUGCUGUGCCGUUUUCCGUCUUCUGGAAGGGCGUAAAAAGCUAACGGAAUGGAACACAGACAUCACUCCGCUGGUCGGCGAGGAGCUUCUUGUGGAAGUGCUGGACGACGUCCCCCUGACCAUGCACAACUUUGUUCGCAAGACUUUCUUCAAGCUGGCCUACUGUGACUUUUGCCACAAGUUUCUCUUCCAUGGCUUCCGAUGCCAAACAUGUGGAUACAAGUUUCACCAGCACUGUAGCAGUAAAGUGCCCACUGUGUGUGUAGAUAUGGACACCAUGACCAAACUGUGUUUGCACAAUCCGGUAGUGGAUGAUUACCCCCAGAUUUCCAUUCUGUUGCCUGACAGCUCGAUAUCCCCGAGUGACAUGAGCUUCACCCCAGAUCCCUCUGGAAUGGGGCUGCUGUCCCCCGCCUCUGCAUUUAUGUUCCCUAUGCCUGGGGCUGACGGGUCCUCCCUCCAGAGAGGGCGCUCCACCUCCACCCCCAACGUCCACAUGGUCAGUACUGUAGGGCCUACAGGGACCAGCAUAAUCGAGGAAGCAUUAAAAAUGAACAGCACAAUUGGUCUGGACUCCUCCCCCAAACCCUCGACCAGCCCCCCGUCCAUGGGCUCCCCAGGUAGGAGGGCCCCGAAGUCCCCCUCGGAACACCGAGAGCGCAAGCCCUCCUCAUCGGACGACAAGAAGAAAGUGCACCGCAGCGGGUACAGAGACUCCAGUUACUACUGGGAGGUGCAGUCCCACGAGGUGACCAUGCUGAAGCGCAUCGGCGCCGGGUCCUUCGGGACCGUCUACAAGGGGAAGUGGCACGGGGACGUGGCGGUGAAGAUCCUCAAAGUGACCGACCCUACGCCGGAGCAGCUGCAGGCCUUCAAAAACGAAAUGCAGGUCCUGCGGAAGACUCGUCAUGUGAACAUCCUGCUGUUUAUGGGCUUCAUGACCAAACCCAACUUUGCCAUCAUCACUCAGUGGUGUGAGGGCAACAGUCUGUACCGCCACCUGCAUGUCACCGAGACCAAGUUCGACACCAUGCGGCGCAUCGAAGUGGCCCGACAAACCGCGCAGGGCAUGGACUAUCUUCAUGCUAAGAAUAUCAUACACAGGGACCUGAAAUCCAACAACAUCUUCCUCCACGAGGGCUGGACAGUGAAGAUCGGGGACUUCGGCCUGGCCACAGUGAAGUCCCGCUGGAGCGGGUCCCAGCAGGUGGAGCAGCCUAGUGGCUCCAUCCUGUGGAUGGCUCCAGAAGUGAUCCGCAUGCAGGACAGUAACCCCUACACCUUCCAGUCGGACGUGUACGGGUACGGGGUGGUGCUGUUCGAGCUGAUGUCCGGCACGCUGCCUUACUCUAACAUAAACAACCGGGAUCAGAUACUCUUCAUGGUAGGGCGGGGCUAUUUGUCACCUGACCUCAGUAAGCUGUACAAUAACUCUCCCAAAGCCAUGAAGAGACUCAUCGUAGACUGUCUGAAGUUUAAACGAGACGAAAGGCCCCUAUUUCCACAGAUUCUGGUGGGCAUUGAGCAGGUUCAGGACCUCCUGCCCAAAAUCGAGAGGAGCGCCUCAGAGCCUGCACUGCACAGGGCUGUGCACGUGGAGGACCUCAACCCCUUCCUCUUGCACACCACUCAGCUACUGCCACUGUGAACCCCACCCCACCCCCCCACCCCGGCCGCUGAUCUCCCUGGGGCCCACCGGCCGCUGCUCACCCUGGGGCCCACCGGCCUCUGCUCACCCCUCCCACCCCCGGCCUGGGACCCCCCGCCCCUCAAUUCGUCCAACGAUUCUGAUGCUCCUUCAACCACAAUGAUGUCAAUCGCCACCUUCAUGUAAAUCUCUACUAUCAGACUGCUGAUUAACAUCACAGAAAAGAAUGUUGAUUUGAAAAAAGCUGUAGUGUGAUUCUGAUUUGGCUUUAGAAUGCUUUCUGAGAGAAAGAGAAAGCAGGUCGAUGUUGGGUAUGAACCCUCUGUCCAGCAGCUUGUGUUGGGAACAACAUGAAAUGAUGGAACGCAGUGACUGUUGUGCCAUGGUCACGCACGCUAACGUGCUGCAUUACAGUCAAAUCGGGCUCACGGUCGCGCAUGCUAACGUGCUGCAUUAUGCAGUCACAUCGGGCUCACGAUCGUGCAUGCUAACGUGCUGUGUGUGGCGUUACACAGUCACUGUGGGCUCAUGGUUGCGCAUGCUAACGUGCUGCGUGUAGCGUUACGCAGUCACUUCGGGCUCACGGUUGGUUUGAACUGCAGCGCUCUGCUUCACUAUUCUCAUUUUAACGAUCAAAGACCCGUCAGUCAAGGGUUAUGAAACGGCUGACUUUUUUUUGUGUUGGUUCAGGAAUAUAUAUCAUUUUAAAUGUAGAAAAAAGUAGCUUUGUAAAGGGGCUGGGUACCCCUUUUCUAGAUUUUCUUAUUCCAAUUAUAUCAUUACCAGAUUAAGUUAAUUUGUUUUAGGUAAUAGGGCCUUUCCAUAGCAGUAGGGUGGUAAUUAGAGACUGAUUCCCUUUAUUUAUUGAUGAUACUGGCAUGACUCUGCAAACUGUCUGCUAUGUUUCUUGUUAUGAAUCAUGAGUCCCCAGCUCUCAGACUUAACCACUACCUGGGACCAGUCGCAAAAUGUCCGUCUCCCAUGAGAAAGUGCUGAAUGGGCAUAUUUUUCACGGACAGUUGUAGAACAGAUGUGGUGUUCUGUCACUUAUCCUGAUGCACGUCGGAUUUGCUUAUUUUUGGAGCAUGUACGUCCCGUACCACGACCGGCAGACUUUCGGUGAGGUGGUGCCCAACACUGGGAACCUCUCACUGAAACACGUGACUGAAACACGUCACACUGACCACACGGCACAGGAACCCAACCGUAACCGUCUCAUCACAUUUCCACACGCGGCCCACAGAAAUCAGCAUACUUCAUCACAUACUAGAGGAUUCUGCUGAAAUUGCUGUACCUCUCACUGUUGCAUGUCUUCACUGCAUCGGUUCUCGGCACAAACCAAAAUGCAGGCUUUUUCAUUUGUUUGGUGUCACAUUAAAUUCUACGUGGAUUACUUACAGGUGAAAUCGCCCAUGAAAUUUACUGUGGAGGCAUUUUGUCUGGGGCCGAAAUGGUUUUGUAGUGGAUUUUUUUUUACUUGGUGCUGACAGUGAUUCUUUUACCUGGACCUUACCUGGAAAAGUCUGCAAGAUUUCAUGCCAUUUGGUGAAUUAAUACAUCAUCCAUGAGAGUCAUAUCUUCCAAUUUUCCAAUUCUCUGGCUACUUAACAGGUUAGAACCUGACCAAGACAGUGAAAUUAAACAUGAUAGAUAAUGUAAAUUUCCAUUUUGUACACAAAGGAUUACACACUGUGGUGUCAGGUAUCUGGGGGGUGUUUGCAAUUAAUAAUCUGUUGUGUACAGUUACCUUUUUUAAAGACAUGUACAAAAAUUUGUUUCUAUUUUUGUGUGAUGGUUUAAAAAAAACAAAAUUAUUUUAAAAUAAAUUUUAGUUUUUUUAGUCUUGUAAUAUAUAAUGCAGGGUUUUGUUCUUACAAUAAAAUGCUGGAAUACUGAGACCACA